GCUGGCUCGGUGAACAACGCCUCGAACAUCGAGAGCGGGAUCGUGCGGGAGCCGCUCUGCGAUAGCUUGGAAAUUCUUUCCUUAUCCCCCAAGGGAUUGACUGCCCUUCUACGCGAGGCCGCAUACACCCUUCCCUCCCCUUAACCGUCACGACCCCCUUCCUUGCCUCUUCACGAUGACUUUGAUUCAGAGAGCUUUGGGACUUCGCGCGUGCAGGCAGUAUGCGUUGAAGAGCGCGAUGCGCCCGGCGCGCGGGUAUGCGUCCGCGGCAGACGGUACUCUCAGGAAGACCGGUCUAUACGACUUCCAUCUCCAGAAUGGUGCUAAAAUGGUGCCCUUCGCUGGGUACUCCAUGCCCCUAGAGUACGCGGGGGUCGGCCAAGUCGCCAGCCACAAGCAUGUUCGCGAGGCGGCAGGCUUGUUCGAUGUUGGGCACAUGGUGCAGUCGAACUUCCGUGGCCCCACCGCAACUGCAUUCCUCGAAUGGAUCACGCCCUCGUCCCUAUCUGCACUCUCCCCCUAUACAUCCACUCUGAGCGUGCUCCUCAACGAGGCCGGAGGCAUCAUCGACGAUACUGUCAUCACGAAGCACUCGCAGGACGCGUUCUACGUAGUCACGAACGCCGGACGUCGCGAGCGCGAUCUCGCAUGGUUCAAAGAGAAGCUCGCUGAGUGGAACGCUGGCGAGGUCGCGAAGGAGGGCCCGGUCGAGCAUGAGGUGCUGGAGGGGUGGGGGCUGCUUGCGUUGCAAGGCCCCGAAGCGGCUGGCUAUCUCCAGACCUUGACGUCCUUCGACCUGCGUACUCUCACCUUCGGCAAGUCCGCAUUUGUUCCAAUCGACGGUGGCUUCAACUUGCAUGUUGCGCGCGGUGGAUACACUGGGGAGGACGGCUUCGAGAUCUCCAUUCCGCCCGACCAGACGUACGACGUCGCGCAGCUGCUGAGCAAGCCCGAUAACGUGCAGCUCACCGGCUUGGGCGCGCGCGAUAGCUUGAGGCUGGAGGCAGGCAUGUGCUUGUAUGGAAGCGACCUUGAUGAGACGACGACACCCAUCGAGGCUGGCUUGGGUUGGGUGAUUGGCAAGGAACGGAAGAAGACCGGCGGCUUCAUCGGCACUGAGGGUGUGCUUAAGCACAUUCAGGAGGGUCCGCCUCGUCGGAGGGUAGGCUUGAUUGUCGAGGGUGCUCCUGCUCGCCACGGCGCUCAAAUACUUGAGUCGCCGACGAUGUCAGAGGCGAUUGGCGUCGUCACCUCGGGCAUCCCCUCUCCCACAUUGGGGAAGAACAUCGCUAUGGGCUACGUAAAGAACGGGUUGCACAAGAAGGGCACCGAGCUCGCGGUGGCCGUGCGCGGGAAGGCGCGGAAGGCGGUCAUCACGCCUAUGCCCUUCGUGCCGACGAAGUACUACCGCGGUUGAGAGCUGGGCUUGCAGACGCGUACUGGUGGUAUGACAUUAGGUGUUGCGCGUCGUCUAGCUAAGUGCUAGCUAGACAUCUGAUGGGAUAUAUAGAGGGCUACAGACGUAUCAAUCGAAUGCGCUUCAACAGCGGUGGUCAUGUUGUA